AUGUCCAUUUGGGACGCCUUCACGGGUAAAAGAAAACAACAGUCUCCUCCGUCAGAAUCGCAAUUACCUUCAUCGACGUCCGUUGAACAUGCGCCUGCGCCGGGCUACGCUCCCACAGUAACCGAUGCAAACUCUUUUCUAGGCUCUGUGUCGUUGCCAGAUGCAUCUCAAUUACAUCCCCUAGCUGGCUUGAAUCAACAGACCCUCGACUACCUCUCCUUAGAUGAAUCAGCACUCUCAGAACUUCCGGGUGGACAAUCAGUAUUGCCAUCAAGAGGAUGGUCGGACGAUCUUUGCUAUGGAACUGGAAGUGUUUACUUGGCUGCGCUGACGACGGGUGGCGCUUGGGGUCUCAUCGAAGGCCUGAACAGAGUCCCAGCUUCCGCGCCCCCGAAGUUGCGGAUCAACAGUGUUCUAAAUUCUGUGACAAGGCGAGGACCGUUCUUGGGAAACUCUGCGGGUGUCGUCGCUAUGUGCUACAAUGGCAUCAACUCUACAAUUGGCUAUUAUCGAGGAAAGCAUGACACCACGAACAGCGUGGCUGCCGGCAUCCUCAGUGGCAUGGUCUUCCGAAGCACGAAAGGCACAAAACAAAUGGUGAUAUCCGGAGGUAUUGUCGGUUCUAUUGCCGCGGCAUGGGCUAUCACGCGAAAAGUCGUCUUCGAGCCUCCUGAGAUGAAGUCAGAGCCCUUAUAA